AUGCCGAACAUCGUUAAAGCAACACUUGCCGCGCUGGCCGUCGCACCCCUCGUCCUAGGACAUACCUGGAUCGAGCAGAUGCGUAACGUCAACGAUAAGGGCGAAUACGUUGGUCAGUACGGUUACUCGCGAGGCAUGGUCUCCAAAACCGAUCCUGAGUUUACCGGCACGUCUAUGAACUGGGAGCUUCCUGCCGGACAAGGCAAGCUUUUCAUCGAUGAGACCACUCCCCUCUGCCACACAGCGCAGCGCAAGCAAGUCCAGUCUUCCGAAAAGUACCCUCGUCUCCAAGCUACACCCGGCGGCUACAUCGCGAUGCGUUACCAGGAGAAUGGACACGUCACCAAGCCCGGCAAUCAAAAGGGCAAGCCCGAGAAGGGUGGCACUGUCUUCGUAUACGGUACCGCUGAGCCCGAUGAGAACGAAACUCUCCUCAACGUUCUUCAGUGGACUCAAGACGGCCAAGGCGGCAACAAGAAGGGCGCGCUUAUCACAAUGAACGACUUCGACGACGGACGAUGCUACGAGACAGACCCGACCAACGCGAUUUGGCAGGAGCGUUCCAAGGCCAUACCGAAUUUCGCAAUGGGCCAAGUUGUGGAGGGAGCACCGGGAAACUACCCUCUCGCUUGCGAAACCAACGUUCAGCUUCCCCAAACUGCUGCACUGGACAAACCUUACACCUUCUACUGGGUGUGGCAAUGGAACACCGCUCCUGGCAUCGAUCCUGGCCUGCCAAAGGGCAAGGAUGAAUACUAUACCACCUGUAUCGACGUCGAUGUCACAUCUCCAGAUGUUGCACUGGCUGCAGAGGCUAGCCAGAAGUACGCUGUUGGUCAGCAGGACGCCAUGUCCAAGGCCGUGUCCGACUAUAAUAAGCGCACUGCUCUUAUGACAGACGUCGUCAAAGGCGAGGUUGGUCCCAUUUUCUCGGGCUCUCCCUCGGGCUCUCCUUCUGGAACACCGGCUCCUACUGGCGCUCCCAGCCCUGUUAGCCCAUCCGUACCCGCCAAUACCCCUGCGCCUACUGGUGGUGCUUCUUCACCUCCGCCUCUGGCUCCAUCGCCACCAGUUGUCCCUUCGAUCUCCAGCGGUGCUCCCUUCCUCAACUCAACCCAGCCAGCUCCUACCAAGAUCCCUACUCUUUCGCAGCGUCCGGGCCCUGCUCCUACAUCGCUACCCCCAAGCGGUAGCUUUGUCACCAUCACCGACAUCGUUAUGGUUACUGUCACUGAAACUUCAGGUCCAGCGGUCACACCACGUGCCAUUGACUCCUCCGCGACAUACAGUGCGCGCCACCCCCACGGUGCCAAGUUUCGGGGCCGCUUUGCUUCCUAA